AUGGGCGGAGCUUACGUGCGGGCCAAAGUGUGCCGAUGCUCAGGAAGCAAAGCACCAACCAUUACUACCUAUAGAAGUUUUAGUGUGAUACCGUAUAGCUUGUUUUAAAGCUCGCGGCUACAGGCGGACGAAUGUAUAAAUAGUUUCAUUUAAAUGAAUAAUGCUGGAUGGUCGCGCUGAUGAGGUUCAACAUUUGCCGGUUGCUGGGGCUGGGGAGUGGCUCCAGUGACCAGACGCCGGAGAAGAUGGAGACUGGUGCUAUGUCCGACCACAGUCAGGACGCACUCUCUCAGAAUGGAUUGAAUGGAGAAGAGGGCCUCAGUGAAGAAGAGAAGGCCAGAAGGAGAGCUGAGAGACGAAGAGCUAAAAGGAAGCGGCAAAGAGAGCGGAAGAAACUCGAGCGGGGUAAAAAAGAUGAGCGCACUGUACAGGAGGAGGAAGAGCAUGCAGGUGUUGACUCCGAGCUGGAUGACAGCAGCUCUGAUGUUGAUGAGGAGCAGAUUGAGGAGGAGCAGAUGGAAUCGAGGGGAAAAGUGAUGGAGAAAGAAUGUCCUCCAUGUACGGACAGUGCCACACCACCACUGGCAUCAGGAAACAAAGGCAACCAACAGCCGUCAGCUUGCUCCUGUGAGGAGGAUCCAGAAUGGGACGUAAGCAGUGCCUUUGUUGCCAAUGCUGUUAGUCACAUCAGGCCCAAAGCCAAGAGCAAAUCAGGCCGUAAAUCCAAAGAGAACAAAGAAAAUGAGGCCAGAAUCAGAGAAGUCAGUGGAUCUGAGUCUGUGACUAAAAGAAGUGCCUCACUGACAGAAAAGGGGAUCAGACUGGUAAAUGAGGGGCAGUACAGUGAGGCUGUUAAUAUGUUUACAGAAGCUAUCAAAUGUGACCCAAAGGACUACAGGUUUUUUGGGAAUCGCUCAUACUGUUAUUACUGUCUGGAGCAGUACUCUCUAGCACUUGCUGAUGCUGAAAAAUCUAUUCAGAUGGCCCAAGAGUGGCCUAAAGGCUACUACCGCAAGGGAAGUGCCCUCAUGGGCCUUAAGAGGUACAGUGAGGCUGAGAAAGCUAUGGAGCAGGUCCUGAAGCUGGAUAAGGACUGUGAGGAGGCAGCCAAUGACCUUUUCUACUGCAGAGUGCUGCAGUUAAUGGAUCUUGGAUAUGAAGAGGAGCAAAGUGUGCUUCUGCUUGAGAAGUACUGCACAGUACAGGCUGUUCUAGCAGCCAGAGCAUCAAACAAUGACUCUACACUCCUUCAGCCAGGAAGUCCGUGCCCUUCUCUCUGGGUGGGUAACGUAACCACAGAACUGACGGAGAAGCACCUGUGGGACCUUUUCAAAAUCCAUGGAGAAAUUGAGAGCAUCCGAGUGCUGCACGAACGUUUCUGUGCCUUUGUAAACUUCAAGAAUGCCAGCAUGGCUGCACGGGCGAUGGAAAAGCUCAAUGGCCAUUUGAUAGAAAACACACGGUUAGUGGUCCGGUAUCCAGACAGACGAAUCCUGAAACCAUUCCCUGUUUCUGCUGCACCACAGGCCGCAGGGACUGCUGGAGCAAGGCGCAGGGGUCCUGUGAAUGGAGACGAGUGCUACUUCUGGAGGACCACUGGCUGUCAUUUUGGGGACAAAUGUCACUAUAAACACAUUCCUGAACAGCGGGGCAAAGACAGAAAGCCUUGGCAGCCCUGAGUCAGUGCACUCUUCCUCCUCUCAUCGCCCUCACCUCUGUUUCUAAAUUAUUUUCUAUUCUCACUCUGAGCCAGAGCAAAUGGAAAAAAAAAAUUGCAUGGACUGUGUGAGUUCGGAGACAUUUACUCAUUUGAAUGGGACUCGGGCCUGUGUUGUCUUACUACGAUGCUCUUGGCUCAGAUCAGCAAUGACCUUGGUGCUUGGAGUUAGUUCAGAGUGAGGUUAUCACUUCUGGAGUCCUAGAGAAUGAAGAAAACAUGACUCAGAACAGUCAGAACAGUGAGCAGCCCCUUUAGCAAAGGUUUGGGUGUUUGGUUGAGGCUGGAGUUUGAGGCCAGACCUGGUGUCUCCUAUCAUCUCUGCUCUUCUUUCUUCUUUGCUGACACCACUGAGCCAAAGCACAGCCUCUGAUCACUUAUAACUUUUGAGUUCAUCCCAAAAAAGAAAAAAAGCCUUUUAUAUAGAUGAGGUGUUGUGGAGCCUUUCUCCCAUGUUCUUUUAUGCCUUAAUAAGAAAUCUUGCACAAAAAAGUGGUUGCUUAAAGCCUAGGGUUAAAGCCUGCUAAAACGUGUGAGGAUUUUACCAAAGAAUAACACUCUGUUUUCUAUGGAGUACAAGUUAAGUUUAAAAAAAAAAAAAAAAAAGUUAGUGAGACGGAAACAUCAUUUUAUAUUUAUGUAUGGUUAUCAUGUGCCCUUUUUUUUUUUUUUUUUUUAUAUAAAGGUUAAGCUCAAAAAUGUAUGCACUUCAGUUCAGUGUAUUUGUGACCAGGCUUAAUUUGGUUUUUGACUAACAUUGAGGAGGUAUAAUGUUUAGCUUGGGUAAACAAAAAUUUUGUUCGUUUUCUCGAAGGGUCCUUGAUAUGUUACUUUUAAAAAACACCAUCAUCAAAAUGGGUUAAAACCAGCAUUUAUAUGCUGAUUUUAUCCGAACUGUUUUUCCCCCCCUUUGUAUAUUGCUGUGCACUUUAUAUUUCAGCACACACUAUGUGGAAUUUUCAAGUAUUGGUAGAUUGGGAGAUGGUGCAUGUUUUAAUGUAAAGAAUUGGUUUUAUAUUGAAAUAUGCAUUAAGACUAUAUUUUCCAAAGGUAUUGACUACAAAUCUGGUUCUUUUAUUUGCAGUUUUUUCUUGUCUUUCUUUUCAAGAUAAUAAGAAUUGUACGUCUGCAAUUCUGUUGCACAUCUUAACAAAAGUCUCCUUGAAUAUUGUUUACGUAUUGUGUUUAGGAAGUAAUGCAAAAGUGUUCAGUGUUUGAAUGUUUUUCUUCUUAUUCCUCUGUUUCUCCUUGAUUGUGAAACCCAGGAAGUUCUUACUCACGCAUACUGGACCCGACCACUGUGGACUCUCUUCUUUAGCAUUGUAGCAGCAGAUAGUUACAAGGGGACUGGUUCUGGACGAGACCCCAUUUUUUUCAAAACAUUUGUGUUGAUAAGCAGCAUCAUUUAUAGCAUGUGAGAAAAAAGUGUCUGAUAUUGGAGAUUUUUUUUUUUUUAUGUUUGGAAGAAGAAAAUUUUUAUGUGAGGUAAGCUGAUUAUGUUGCGCGCCUGAUUUACUGUUUGACAGUCUUAACCUUAAAAAAAAAAAAAACAACACUAACAGCAAAUGUGCAGAACUAGAAAACUGAAGCCCGAGAAUGUUUGGUGUUUUCCCUGAUACAGCAGGCUUUUUCUGACAGUUAGGUGUGUUCAGAAAAACCCGAAACUGUGUAGUGAAGUUUCUUUGCAGGUUUUGCGCUGUACUGCUACAGCACACAGUCAUGUCCAUGUCUUUGCCUUUUUGCUAGUAUAGCACACUACUCAUGACGGUUCAGUAAUGCUUUCUCACACUGAACCCUGUGGUCAGUCGUAUUAGGCUUUAAUUGAAUGCUGUAGCUUUAGCUUGAGGAAUAUCAGUUUGUUACAUUAAUUUGGGUUCUGUCUAAUACCUUCCCGGAGAACAUGGCAUAUCAGCCAGUAUGGAUAUUACACUUCACAUUAGUAUGUUGAUACAUAACGGUUUAAUAAGGUUUAAUAAUUGUUUUGGGUUCACCCUCUUCAUAUUAAGAAUGUAUGUUUUGCUCCAAAAUGGGCUGACGGCUAAAAUAUGGUUUGCAUUAUGGUCCCAAACAAAAAAAUCUCUGUAUCUUAUUAUUUUGCAGAAUAAUGGAAAGUUUUUGCAUUACAAUUUUUCUCACUUCUGUAAACCAUAACACUUAUCUUCUUUUCCAUUAUUCAUCAAUGCAAACAAUUCUGAAAAAAGGCUCAUCUUGUUUUUUUUCCCCAGUUUUCUGUAGCCUUCAUCAAAUCAUAAAUCAAAAUCUUCGAUAUUCCUGACACUCUUCACGUAGCAGCAAAAGACAAUAUAUAUUAACAUUCUAUGUUAAAAGUCUGGUUUUUGUGUGGCUUUAAGUGCUUCUUUCCCCUUCCCUUUCCUUUGGCAUUGCCAUAAAUUUAACAUACAUCUCAAUAGACAAUCAUGUCUCAUUAAGUGUUAUAAUGCCCUGCACUGUACUGCCAAAGAAUUCCUUGUAAUAAAUAUACUGACUGUAA